ACGACAGAAAUGGCUUCAAGCAAAUGGACAGAAAAAAGCCAAGCCUGCCUUCAAUGGGCCCUCACGCCCCUCGGCUUCUGCAUCAUUCUCUACGGCCUAAACAUCAUCGCCUGGGGCGGCAUGCUCUUCCUCCUCCUCUGCAACGCCGCACCAGCCAUGUGCCACCCCAGCUGCGACGCCCCAAGCUCCUCCCGCCGCAUCUGGAUCGAAAUCGACUCGCAGAUCCUCAACGCGCUAUUCUGUAUUACGGGCUUCGGUCUCGCGCCGUGGCGCAUCCGCGACAUGUAUCUGUGGUGUCUGUGGCGCUUGCGGGGCCGGACGGGGCUGACUCGUCUCGCGAAGGUUCAUGACGGGUGGUUUGUACUCGACGCUCAGUACGUGGCUUUGCCGGUGCCAUCUCACUUUGCUGUUACUGAGGGGCAAGGCCCAACGCCGGGUUUGUCGACUCCGUUGUGGAAAUUGGACGUUGUGGUCUGGGGGAACAUGCUUAAUUCCAUCUUGCAGGUUUGUUUGGCGGUGUGUAUGUGGGCUUGGAAUAGGUUUGAUCGGCCGGGUUGGAUGACCGGGCUGUUCGUUUGUUUGGCUUGUUUGGCGUCUGGGGUUGCGGGUGUGGUUAUCUGGUUGGAGAAGAGGCGGGUGGGACGGUUAAAGGGAGGGAGUGGUGAUGCUGCUUUUGAUGGGGUCUCGGGUGCUUCUGAUGGUAGGGGUAAGGUGGGUUGA